CUUGUAUUUUAUCAUUCUUGAGUUUUUAGCAACGAAUGAGUUCAGUCAUGGGUUUUUAGUAAUUGUGGGAUUCCUAAAUUUGUAAAUAUUCAUCUACACAUUAUCUAUGAUCUACACAUUGUGAACAGUCAUCGCUCUUUAAUCGUGCGUGUUUGCGGAAUAUAAUUCAUUAAAUACACAAAUAUUCUCUUCGUCAAAGAAUUUAAAAACGUUUGUUAAAUAAAACAUGGCUGAGUUACCAACGCAGGAUUAUUUGCAUCCUUUAACGUUGGAGUCGCAACUAUUCAUCAACUCUUUGGAAACGUAUAGUGGUGUGUACAAUCAAAUUGAUCCUAAUCUCUGUAAUUCAUUGAAAAACGUUGUGCUCGGAAUUGAAAAAUUUUUGGAUCAAAAUCCUGUACUUAUUGUGUCCACGCAUAAAACAAAGUUUGUGCAACUUACACAACUAUCUACAAUACAAAACAUUUAUCAUUGCACGUUCUGCAAAAAGGAUUUGGGCAAAUCGGCUGACAAGGCGGCGAUUCAUUUGGCCGAGCGGCAUCGGAUGAACACCACCAAAGAAGUAAUUACAGAGAAGAGACGAGGAGAAAAGGGACGAUCCGAACCUAAGCUGAUCAAGUUACCCAAGAAAGCGAAGGCUAUUGUUAGGACCGAUUUCGCAACAUUUUUCGCCAAUCAAUUACAAGUGGCCGAAAAAUUAAAACAAAUUCCUGAAUAUUCUGUUAUAGAAGAUUCGUUAAGUAAUAUAUUGAAGAAACUGUUUCCAGAUAAAACUAUCAAACUAUAUAAAUUCGGAUCUCGAAUAACUGGCAUUGGCUCCCGGAACUCAGACUUGGAUAUCUAUGUUGACAUCGGUGGACGCUUUAAUUGUUUUGAGCAAAGUGCUUCGCCCGAAACUCUUAACUUAUUCGAUAAAGUUCAUGAAAUUGUUAAGAAAAAUGCCAUCGAUUGGCGUCUGAAUCGUCCCAUACGAGGCGCGCGUGUACCCAUACUGCGGAUGACUAGUACGAAGACUAAUAUUGAAUGCGAUGUUGGAUUUUCCAACGGUAUAAGUUAUUGCAAUACAAGACUGCUUGAAUAUAUUUUCCUACAACAACCAAUAGCCCGACGGCUGUGUAUAUUUAUGAAGAAAUGGUUAGAGCGCACAAGAUUGAAUGGACAUAUUACCACGUACUGCAUGUCGUUGAUGGUAAUCUACUUUUUGCAGGUCAAAAAUGUCCUGCCAUCAAUUGAGUUACUUCAGAAAAAUAUGCUGACCAAUGUUUUGAUUGGCCCCUGGAUUGGUAACUUCACCGAAAUAUCUUUGGCUGAAUUAAAAAUGCAAGCUCUUAACGUCACACCACAAUACUGCAAACAACACAUUAAAGAGUUUUGCGAAUUUUACGCAAAUUUUAAUUAUAAAUUGCAUGUAGUUUGUCCCUAUUUCGGACGUAAGGAUAUAGAAAUAAAAAAUUUUGAAGCCUUGUUGCCGCAACGCUAUACCAAUUUUGUACUGAAAAGUGAGACAAAAAAUUGUGGAAUACAGUUAAAUACACCCAUGGUCGUACAAGAUCCAUUGCAAAUGAAUCACAACGUCGCAGAGCGUUGCAGUAUAACGAAUUUUAAGGAGUGGAGAGACUAUUUAAAACAGUCAGUCGACAUUUUAUCUGAACUGAAAUAAAAUCCAUUUUAUUUUAUUUUAUGACUACAUUAAUUUUUUUACGUUUUUAUUUGAUAAUCUUCCGCUACUAGCAUGAAUUUCAUAACGCGGAACCGAAGUGUAGAAAAUAUUAAUUUUUUCACAUUAAUUUAAUAUGCUUGGAUUAUGUAUUUAAUUCUUAUUUGCUGUUAUUGUACUCAAUAGUAAAAUAAACAUAAAACGAAAUAACAAAUUUUCCACGAAAAGUACUUAAAUAACACAUUAAAAAAUAUGAAUUGAAUAUUAAUAUACAUAAUAAUAGUGCAUUACAAAUAUUAUUUAUCUCAAUUUUCGGUUUGGCAUAGACAACUUUAACUCAUAGGGAUCCAAUAAAUAAAACUCUCCGCACUCCAAACACUUAUUGGUAUUUAGUCUUUUAAUUUUUUUUGUUUAACCACAAACUUCACAGUAAAAAUUUCUUAAAUAAUUUUGAAAAUAUCUACUAUCUAUCAAUUGAACCAUCAUUUCUCGUUGCAUUAUCAUACAUAAAGUAAUUGAAGUAACUUUGCAAAGUGGCGUGAAAUUAUUUAUCAUUAUAUUUUGUUUAAUAAAAUAUAAAAAUGUAUAAAUAUGACUGAUGAUGGCGCUAUUUGCGAAAAUUUAAAUCUUCCGUGGGGUGAUUAAUUUUGCGCCAUAAUCCAGAAUUACAACAGUUAUAACUCUUGCAUCCAAGCAUAAAUUUUAAGUUCACCUGAAGUUAUAAGUUACACAUCGGUCUCACGGACCGAAUCGUUGAAAAAGGAAUAAAGUACUGGUAGCUGCGAUCCAUUCACACCGGCAGCAACAAGAGCACUAGUCCUGUUUCCACGACAGCCGGUUCUACAACCCUUAUAUUCGGCCGAGGAAUGCCGCUUCAGCAGCAUUCCUCAAACAUUUAUGGAGAAUAUUUAUGCUGUUACAUAAACAACAGCACUAACCAACCGAAAGGUAUAAAAUAGUGAAAGCUGAACUCUGGCAUACAGAAAGCUUUAAGCGUUCAGUCUAUGAGAUCACAUGCUCGUACCGGAAGGUUAUCAUACAUAUAUAUUAUGGUUGUUCUAUGCAAUAUCAUAUUCGUGAAAAAUAUUUGGUACAUCUUUUAAUUAUGAAGUAAACUUCAAAUAUUAAAAAAGUACAAAUCAGUUUCGUUAAAUAUUAAAUACACAUUUGUAAAUCGUAAAUAAAUUGAAAUGUUGCUCGCAAUAAGUGCUUUAUAGGUUUAGUAUUUAUAAUAAAACGUUUAAAAGCAACGUUUUUACAACUAUAAUAACGUAAUUCUAAUAAAAGUAGUACAAAUCUCUCAUGUGACUUCCAAUUGCACUGCUCUCUUUCGUCAAGAAUAAACUGCAGUAAGGAAAACCAAAAAA